AUGCAAACAAACGAAUCAAAUAAUUAUAAUCAACUAGACGUAGGAACUCUAAAUUUCUCAACUACUACUGAGUCUUCUACUUCAAAAUUAGCAUAUUCUUAUUCAAGUAUUCAAGAUAUUAUUCAAUGUCCAAUAUGUCUAGAAUGUUUUAAAGAUAAAGAUCCUCGAGUAUUACCAUGCCAACAUGUUUUUUGUUAUUCAUGUAUACCAGUGACUACUUCAAUAAAAGAUCGUUGUAUAAUAACAACUUGUCCAUUGUGUCAAUCGAUAUUUCCAUUUACAAAUUCUAGUCAAUUUCCUAAAUCAUAUACUCACAUACAAUUAUGUGAUUUAGUUCCAAUUAAUUAUGAUAUUAAAGGAAAAUGUUCAAAGUGUAAACAAAUUCAUUUAUUAAAUCUGUGUCCAUGUUGCGAUUGUCAUUUAUGUGGAAAAUGUUUCAGAAAUGAUCGAGAAAAUGCUUUAAUUCAUUUAGAAACUAUAAUUCAAAUCUGUGAAAAUGAUCUUGAACGUAUACAAACAAUACAACCAAUUGAAAUACCCGAAUUAUUACAAAAGGCGAAUAUUCUAAUGAAUAAUAAUCGAAGAGCAGAAUAUCACGAUAUUCUAUUGGUAUUUUAUCGAUUAAAGUAUCUUUAUGAACAAUUUAAUAAAUUACCAGUUGUAACAGCUAAACGAACAUGUCAAGAUGAUGAUGAUGAUGAAAACGAAUUGGAAAGAAAACAAAUAAGACUUGAACAAAGCAGCUGCUUAAAUACUCCACAACAAAUCGAUAUUAAUGAUGAUGAUGAUGAUGAUUCGAUCAUUUAUGUAGAAACUAUAAAUAUAAAACAACCAUCAGUAUAG